AUGAAAGUGGGCCGUGUGGCCAUCAUCACCCGUGGCCGUUACGCCGGUAAGAAGGUCGUCAUUGUCCAGCCUAACGACACUGGCUCCAAGGCGCACCCCUUCGCCUAUGCCGUCGUUGCCGGUAUCGAGCGUUACCCCCUGAAGGUCACCCGCCGCAUGGGUAAGAAGACCGUCGAGAAGCGCAGCCGCAUCAAGCCCUUCAUCAAGGUUGUCAACUACAACCACUUGAUGCCCACCCGUUACACCCUCGAGCUCGAGGGUCUCAAGGGCUCCGUCACCAACGACACCUUCAAGGAGGUCUCCCAGCGUGAGGACGCCAAGAAGACCGUCAAGAAGGCCCUUGAGGACCGCUACACCAGCGGCAAGAACCGUUGGUUCUUCACUCCUCUUCGUUUCUAA